AUGGCAACAACAGAUUCUUCAAAGUCACCCCGGCCAGAAAAAAAAGAGCGCUCAAAGCGCAAGUCUGCCCUAGAAGAGAACCUCGACAUGUCCGACGAAUCAAUCCCUACUCUGAAAGGGACCAAAAAAAAGCGAAAGCCCGAAUCCGAAGAAGACGACGGUCUCUCGACCAAAAAACGCCGGCACACCAAAACCCGCGAAAGCGACGACGACCUCCCCAAAAGGGAAUCCAAGAAGCGCGUCUCCUUCGGCGCAGGCACAAAAGACAACGAUGGCUCUCAGCCCAGCGACAGCUCUGACGAAGCAGACAAUGAAGCCGACGACAGCAGCGACACGGUGACGAACGCGGAAGACUCGGAGGCCCGCGCAGACAACGAGAAGGCGCUGGAGGAAAUGCGCAAGCGCAAGCGCGAGAAGAAGAAGGAGCGCAAGAAUAAAGCGCCAGACUCAUCAGCCCAUAUCCAUGAGACGCCUAUUCUCUCGUACCUGACACACUACUACCGGGGUCGAGCGUCGUGGAAAUUCCAGAAGAAUCGGGAGACGAAUCUGUUCAAGCAUCUUUAUUCGGCGGAGCAUGUGCCGGCACGCUAUAAUGCGCCGCUUUUGACGUACUUGCAGGGCUUGAAGGGUGAUGCCGCAAAGGCGCGGUUGAGGGAGGGGGCUGUGGAGGUUGCUAGGGCUGAUGUGGAGGCCGGGGAGAAAGCUGGAGCUGAUGAUGAGUACCAAGAGGCUGUGGAUACGUUCCGGAGUGCUUUGCCUGCAGGAGGAGAGGAGUUGAAUUCGCUUGGAUUGGCUGAGGGUUUGAGCGCGGACAAACGCACUCGUCUUCAGAAACGACUACGGGCUGAGCUGGUAUUCUUUGCUGUUACGGCCGAGCUGUUCAACAUGGAGGCUGCUCGGCCGAAGAAGGUCGAGGCUAAGCCUGAGCCGGUCACUAAGAAGCGGAAGAACCGGACUGCUGUGAUUGAUGUCUCAAGUAGCAGCGAAGACGAGACGUCUAGUUCCGGGUCCAGCGACAGUGGCAGCGAUAGUAGCAGUGACAGUAGCAGCGACAGCGACGAGGAUGGUGAUGAUUCUGCUACUCCUGCUACUCCUGCGAUAAAGGGAAAUACUGAUACAGACGAGACUUCUUCAUCAGAGAGCAGCAGUGACGACGACGCCGCAGCCCCGGCUCCUGCUCCCACACCGGCACCUGCUCCGAAGAAAAUACUCUCUAAAAAGGAGCAGCUCAAAGAGAAGAAGAAAGAAGAAAAGAAAUUGAAGAAGCAGGCCGCGCAGGCCGCUCAGCCUGCCCCGGCCAAGAACAAGAAAACGCAAAAGCGGAAGCUUCGAACUGCCCAAAUCGAGAUCUCCAGCAGUGAGAGCGACAGUGAUUAG